CUCGGGAGCGAGGGGUUUAUUUUGAAAAGCGUGCGCCGGAAACGCUUGCGUAAUCGCCGAGCGUUGACAACGGUCGGGCUCCUACAAUGCUGAGAUGGCAGCUAAUCUUUUGUACACACACGGGAGCUGCGGAUACAACGUGUCAUUCAGAUUUCUGCGUUUGAUGUCGCGCGGUAGCCAGCCGUUUCGCGCGUGAACAGUGAUAUCCCCCUCCCCCCGGUUAAGGAAUCGCUCGUGGUGCCGUAUCGUCGCAUUUAUGGUAGGAAGGCUGAGCACGGGGAUUUCCUCGCUCGCUUGUUUUGUAGGCGGGGAGUUGUUGGCCACUUUCGCGAGCGGGCGUCGAGAGGCUGGAGGCUGGAGUCGCGGAAUGUCAGAACUGCGCUGCUUUUGUGAUAAAUAGUUUUCCCCCCCUGGCGCCUGGUGUCCACCGUAGCGCAGCGCGUCUCGGCGGUUUGUCAACUCAUGCGCUUCUUGCCGUUCGAACCUGCUGCUUCAUCACCCCGCCGUGGAAAGGAGCAGGAGCGCGCCGAGGCAGCGGUUUAGCCCGAUCAGACCAACCAGCAGUACAGGUGGACGCGGCUCUCGUGGCAUGACUACCACAAACAAGGGAAACAAGGCCUUGAAGGUGAAGCGGGAGCCAGGGGAAAAUGGCACCAGCCUGACAGAUGACGAGCUGGUGACCAUGUCAGUGCGGGAGCUGAACCAGCAUCUACGGGGGCUGUCGAAGGAGGAAAUCCUGCAGCUGAAACAGCGGCGGCGCACCCUGAAGAACCGGGGCUACGCUGCCAGCUGCCGGGUGAAGCGUGUCACCCAGAAAGAGGAGCUGGAGAAGCAAAAGGCUCAGCUUCAGCAGGAAGUGGACAAGCUGGCCACAGAGAAUGCCAGCAUGAAGGUGGAGCUGGACGCUCUGCGUUCAAAGUACGAGGCCCUCCAGAGCUUUGCCAGAACUGUGGCCCGCAACCCCGUCACCUCAGCCAGGGGACCUAUGGCCUCUGUCAUAGGGCCCCUCAUCCCUGGUAAAGUAGCUGCCACCAGCGUCAUCACCAUCGUCAAAUCCAAAACGGAGGCUAGGUCGUAGUAGCAGAAAGGGCAGGAGGAAGAUUUUCAAGACUAAACUAGUCAGUGCAUUGUAACAUGGCACAGGAUUACCUGUGUGAGUUCUCAGUUCUAUCCCUCGGCACCAACACUAACAAUAUGCUCCCCAAUAUCGCUCUUAAAGUACAACUCGGCAGUUGUGCUGUGUCGAAUUGUACGUUUUAAGGUAUCACAGUUGGUUAUUAAAGAAUGGUGAAAUAUUGGCAAUACUGAAUCAUUUCAUCUAAAAAGCGAACUGUGGUUACAGAUAUUCAAGAAGGCAAUAUUGGAUAGCAAAAGUGCAAAGUGGCAUCAAAUUAAGACUGUUAAUAGCUUGGUGAUUUUUGAUGGGGUACUGUAUGUGAUGUGUCUGUUUACAUUAAGACUGAGCUCUUAAGACUUUUCCGUCCUAAGAAUUGGAAUUUGCAACUUAUCAUAACUAGUAAAAUAAUAAAAAGACCUGGCCUAUUACCCAACAUAAACUGAAGAAAGAGCCAGCACGUAUCUCUCUUAAAAACCGUUUGCUUGUUAUUAUGCACUGACUUAGAUUAAGAUAAAUAACAAAUGAUCACAAAUUCUUGGUGUGGAUGCUACAACUGUCUUCAAAACAGCCUGACUAACCCAAAACUAGUAAAUUAGUCCAAUUUGUGAUUUUGUUGGUCGUCUGUCAAGAACAUAAGCACGAAAUAAUGCUCUCAAAUCUAGCAUUCAUUUCUGUUUAUGCAUCUGUGACAGGCUUUAAUGAACUUGUCAUUAUCAAUAUGACCGGUAGAUGCAAUAAUAUAUGUAUGCACUGAAAAUACAAAGAGGUCUUGCAUAUUUAUGGUUGUGGAAACGUUAAAAAUGAUCAGCAGUUCUUAAUGAUAUCGUUCCAGAGCUGAGUGCCAUUCCAGUAUGACAAGAUUCUUCUACAAGAUCUGAAAAUCUGAAUGUUAUUACAGAAAUAUCCUCAUGUUUUGUGGGGACAGUGAAAUCCACAAACAUUUUGAAACAUGAUUUUUGCUCAUAGAGAAAAUACGUUCAAGUUGUUUUGUUUAAAAGAUAUAUAUUGCAUUUUUUGUAAUUACUUGUUGACAGGGCCGUCAGAUAUUUCCAAAAAAAAAAAAAAUCUUUACACAAGCUUUACUGUUUGAAUUGUUAAGGUGUAGAAAACUUUGUCUAAUGUUGGGUUCUUGAUUUUUAUUACUAGGUAGAUUACCUUCCAUUGUUUAUAGAAAUACAGAAAAAGAAAACUUAAAAAAAAAACAAACCCUGUGACAUCUCUUUUGCAAUUGUACCGAAAGUGGCUUACUAUUGAAGUCUGAUAGCUUUUUCUAGUGACUAGGCGCGUACUGUGAGGUAGCGCGUGAUGUGAUGUGUAAGUGACAAGUUGGCAGUGUCGUUCACUGUAUAGAUGUCAAUGCUGUGCUAUUUAAAACAAAAUCUGUAGAGCUAAACUAGGUGGUGUAAACAAGGUCAAUUGUCUUUGUGCGUAUUGGCAUCUGUGAUAUCCUCUGCUUCCUUGGUGUUAGUUACAAAUCAUGUUGUCAUUAAGAGUUUACCACAUUGACCGAUGCAAGACAGAAUUGGGCGAAAUGGCAUUAGUGGACAAAGACUUUUACCUGAAGCUUAAAGUGAUACUGUCACUAAAGAAUCCGAAUAAUGGUUGCACCUGGUGCUGGAUGCCCUCUAAAUACAUCCUCUGCAACCGGAGAGUAAAUGACUCCAUUACUGGCCACUAAAAUUCAGCCACUUAAUUGGUCUGAAUUUUAGAUUGCAGGGAUAGAAUGAGUAACCCCCUCAAAUUUAGCUUCUAACAAACUAGAAGAAAUGUGAAGUUAACAACCAAUUUUAUUGUUUACCUGUAGAUGUUUGUUUUGUUUUUUUUCUCCUCCAAAUCUUGAUGAGAAAACUUGCAGUUUCUCAAGCCUAUAACAAUAAGAUUGCACCAAUGAACUUAAAGGAUAAACCGCCAAAUGGCGCAGCAUCGCUUGUGUAAAUUUAGCAACUGGUCUUCAGAUUGUCAGAUUAAAAGCGGUAGAGUUUGGCUGAGGGUUUGUAUGCACUAAGCUUCUGCUUGUUUUGCUCAGGACAAAACAGGUCACUCUAAAAAUGAACAAACCAUUCUAGGUGAGAAGCAGGGAUGGCAGCUCUGUUCAUUUUUUUUUUUUUCUUUUCUUUUUAUAAUAAUCAUGUCAUAAAAGGGCUUCAAUCCAUACAGAGACACAGCACGACCACGUAGAAUUACAAUCAACAACAGCUGCCAGCAGCGCUCCUUCUGUGCCAAGUGUCGCAUCACUCCCCUGGUCCUCUAAAAGGAAUUCAACGGUGAAGCAGUUUUACACCUCAAGGUGAAAGCAAUUGUGUAAUGACAUUAACAGAAUGCACUUCAUCCAGAUCUCUCUCUCACUCCUGCUGGUCAGAACGUCUUAUGGUGUCGGCGAGCUGUUAAUCUACAGUCACUCUCAGAACUAUGCCUCAGCAAAACUCCACGCCAGAGACCUGGGUGCUGGUUAUACUGUCUGUGCGCAACUAUCCUAUCCUCACUUUGUGAACAUGCUUAGCUAUCUACAUUGACUGGUUAACUGUGGGAAAAAUAUGUAUCUGACUCUUGACAUAGCCCAGUAUCGAUGUUGGCGUCCUUAUUGCUGUGGCAGUCUUGUGGAGUGAAUCUUUUUUCGUGUCAAGUGUCUUUAAGGUGUUCGAGUGGCACCGUCGACCAAUCUCUCAAUCUCCGCUAGAGAUGACGACUCUCUCUUUCUCACACAUACAGGUGUAUAGUAUGUAGCUACAGUAGGUAUUAAUGACCAUUGUGAAAAAGUGACCCUUAAUAUGCAACUCAGUGGAAAGGUGUGAAAGAGUAGAUGUAAGAGUAAUCAAUAUUGUCAAAGUGACUAUGGUCUGUUAUUUAAUAAUACUUGUUGUUUUUUAGUUUAGUUUUUUUUUGUGUGUGAAAUGUGUCUUUUAUUUUGCCCUCAGACUUUGCAUCAAGAGCAGUUGGCCCUUGUUUAUAGUAAGUAACAUCUUAAAAGUGUAAUAGUGUUUUCUGAAGGAAUCAUGGGACAGUUGCACUCCAGCCUUACUCUCUAUUUACUCUGGUCUUAAAUUAGCUGAAUUGCAGAUCCAUAAAUUGGACUUGGACAUCUGACUGAAAGAUGUUGCUAUAAUAUAUACAGUAUGUUAGAUUUUGUGCACUGAGUGAAAUGGAUGCUACAGUAGUUUCUGUCACAAGGGCCACUUGCAAUAUCUUUUUUUUCUUUUUUCUUUUUUUUCUCCUUUGGUACGUCUGAGUGAGUGAGUGUGUGUGUGUGUGUGUGUGUGUGUGUGUGUGUGUGAGUGAUUGAGGUUCCUCUGCUGCUACACCAGUCAUUAAUGCUCGUUGUUUGCUGUAGCACCAUCCACAGCAUUUCUGUUCUCAUUACGUGUUGAGUGUGUAUUUGAAAUUAAUCUUAACACUGUAAGUUUAUUUUUAAUUGGUUAUGGCGCUUUUUUUCCCCCUUGUUUGUUGUUUUUUUGUUUGUUUUUUCCAAGCAACAUGUUAUAGAGGAUAAAUAACAGCACUUGUGUGGCAGUUGAAUUUAGUAGCUCUCAAGACACAUUGGCUUUUUUCAUGACAUUAUGCUUUGUAAACAGUUGACUGUGCAGGUUUUUUCCUCUUACUCCAUGGGGCGGGUCUGUGUUUCAAAGGAAUAAAAAUCUGACUAAAGCGAGUAAUACAAAGUUAAUAAUCUGUUUUUGUUAUUUUUCUGUAUGGGUUGUAAUAAAAUAUUGCAGUACUUUGUAUGAAAACAGACAAUAGUUAAUUGUAACUAUUUAUAAAUUAAAUUAUUGUACUUUUUGCAAUCUGUAGAUAAGUACUAUGUAUUCAUAUAUACAGUAACAACUGUGGAUUUAAACGUGAUUCUCUGAGGUGUCUAAGUUAUUGAUGUAUAUAUUGUAUGUUUGUUGAUACAGCUUACUUUAUUUUCUAUAAGACCAAUAAAAUGUUUUGAAAAAGGA